AUGGAGAUAACGUGUUUCCUACGUAUGCCUUCGGGCGUUUGCGACACGGUGUCUGACGAGUUUUUCGCCACGGAUUCCCGCAGCGCCGCUCGUCCUAGCAGCACCGCUAACUCCUCCGACCUGUCAUCACCUCUUCUCCACCCUGCCCCCGCGCAACCUUGCCCACCUGUUCCUGCCGCUUCUACCGAAGCCGGCUUCCUCGAAUCCUCUCCCUCCGCGCCAUUCGUGCCUCUCUCGCUCGAGUCGCGGCCAUGGCGGGACCAGCCGUGGCGCAUAGCCUUCCUCUUUUUCGCGAUUCUCACGAUUUACCGCGCGCUCCGCCUGUUCCUCCCCGCCCUGCUCGCGUCCCCCGGCCCGUCAGCGGCGCUCGUCGCCCUCUCGUACGCGCGCAUCGGCGUGGCCGUCGUCGCCGGCGCGCCGCUCGUGUGGAUCCCGCUGCUGUACGUGAGGCAGCGCAGCAGCCUCACCGUGCUUCUCCCCGCGCUCCUCGCGUUCUACGCCCUCCUCUACUUUCUCGUCGCGCUUUUCCUCUUCUCCCAAAUCGCCGCUGCCAUCUCCGGCUUCGGCGGCUCCGCCGCGUCAUCGCACGUCCUUACCGCGAUAGGCGUGGCCACUGCGGCAGCAGUAGCAUCAGCUCGAGCUCUGAUGACGGAUGGAGUAUCUUCCGUGGUCCACGCUGCUGCCGCCGCUCUCACUCCCUCCCUCACUGCCAGCAGCAGCAUCCUAAGGCUGCUCACUCGCAGCCACCUCGCGUCUCUUUCCCUCCCCGACUCUCUCGCCUUGCUCUUCUCGCCGUUUCUCUCUGCCAACGAUCGCGCAUCCCUCUCCUCCCCGUUCCCCCCCACGCUCGUCCUCACGCGCUCCCUGGGCACAGCUGCAGCGGUGGCGAUGCUGCUCAUCGUACUGUACAUCCUCUUCACCGCACUCAACACCUGGCUGGCGGUGUACGUGUUUGCGUCCUUGGAGGUGCCGGGGCUGCUGACGGGCUCUGCUGCUGCGCUGCUCACCGUGGCGCAACUGCUGCUGCUGCACGUCCUCACCUGGUUUGUGGUGGCAGUGGCGGGCAUCACGGGCAAGGGCGUGUGGGCUUCUCUUGCCAUCGCGCUGCGCCUGCUGCCCGCACACCUGCUGCCGUCGCUCGCCCUCCUCGUCUUCACUCACCUGCUCAUGGCGGCCCUGGACUCCAUCGCCCAACUUCUGCUGGGGUUGCUGGUGCCCAUGCUCUCUCCCUCCCCAUUGUCCGCCCCGCAUGCAUGGGUCGUGGGUGCCUCCUUCACGCGCCUCUUCCUCUCCUCCAUUCUCUCCACUGCGUUCUCCACCCUCACCCUCUCCCUCCUCGCAUCCGUGCCUGCUCUCUACGUCUACCUUGCGCUGGGAGAGAGGUUAGAUGCACGCACAGGGGCAGUGCUGGGGCCGCAGGGGCAAGAGGAAAAUGAGGUGGAGGAAAGGGGGGGCCCACCAGUCCUCCUCUCCCCUGGGGAGCUCGCUGGCCAGCAACGCACAGGACCCACUGGUCCUCCUCCCCCCUGGGGAGCUCGCUGGCCAGCACCGCACAGGACCCACCGGUCCUCCUCCCCUCUGGGGAGCUCGCUGGCCAGCACCGCACAAGACCCACCGGUCCUCCUCCCCACUGGGGAUCUCGCUGGCCAGCACCGCAGAGGACCCACCGGUCCUCCUCUCCCCUGGGGAGCUCGCUGGCCAGCACCGCACUGGACCCACCGGCCCUCCUCCCCCCUGGGGAGCUCGCUGGCCAGCACCGCACAGGACCCACCGGUCCUCCUCCCCCCUGGGGAGCUCGCUGGCCAGCACCGCACAGGACCCACCGGUCCUCCUCCCCCCUCGGGAGCUCGCUGGCCAGCACCGCACAGGACCCACCGGUCCUCCUCCCCCCUGGGGAGCUCGCUUGCCAACACCGCACGGGAGCGCAUGGGGUUGUGCCAAUUGUUUGCCGCAGUCUUUCUUCGCCGAUGGUCUCUCAUGGCGACCCAAAGCUAUGGUAGUUGCCUCGCACCGAUUUACUGCGAUCAGAGGUAA